AUGAGCCAAAGAAAGAAUUUGAAUGAUGAUCUUGAAUCAGGCUACAAAUCCCCUCUGUCACCUAUUUCAGCAACAGAGAGUCCUCGGCAAUUUCAAUAUAUCGAUGAGCCAAUCCCAUUAGUCCACAAUUCCCCAGAUGGAAAUUCCUUUGAAAUCAAUCCAGAUGCAAUAGCGUUCUUAUCUUCACUGUCAUCUCCAAUCGCUAUUAUAGGCGUUGCAGGCAUGUACAGAACUGGGAAGUCAUACCUCCUGAAUCGAGUUUUAUUAGACCGAAAAGGCGGCUUUGGUGUAGGACCAUCAAUUAAUCCUUGUACUAAAGGAAUUUGGCUGUGGGGAAGACCUAUUCCAGGCACGACUGAGGAUGGCAAACCCUGUUCAAUCGUGGUCUUGGACUCAGAAGGUAUUGGAGCUCUUGAUGAAGACUCAGAUCAUGAUACGAGGAUUUUUUCACUGGCCUUAUUGGUUAGCUCAUGCUUUGUUUACAACUCAGUUGGGGCUAUUGAUGAAAGUGCGCUUCAAAACUUGUCACUGGUGGUGAAUUUGACAAAACAUAUUCAUAUUAAGACCAGGCAGUCUGAGGAGACAGAUAGUGAAGAAUAUGCAGCCUAUAUGCCAAGCUUUAUAUGGAUUUUAAGAGAUUUUGCACUUCAGCUGGUUGACGCAGAAGGAGAAAGCAUGACGUCUAAAGAGUAUCUUGAAAAAGCUUUGCAGCCUCAAAAAGGGUUUUCUGACUCUAUUGAAGAUAAAAACAGAAUCCGAAGACUCCUUAAAGAAUUCUUUAAGGACCGAGAUUGUUUUACCCUUGUUCGCCCUACAAUCCACGAAGGAGAUCUCCAAAAUCUAGAAGAAAAACCAUUAGAAAGCUUAAGGGCAGAAUUCCAAGAACAAGUUAUUCAGCUAAGAAAAAGAGUAAUCGGAAGAAUAAAGCCUAAAACAGUCAACAACAAAUGCUUGAAUGGAGAAAUGCUCGCAAACUUAGUGAAAAACUAUAUAGAAGCCAUCAAUAUUGGAGUCGUUCCUAAUAUAGAAAGCGCUUGGAAUUAUAUUUGUAAAACUGAAUGUACCAAAGCUGUCGAAGACGCCCACGACAUUUAUGAAAAAAUUUUAAUGAGUAGUGUUUCCCAUAGAUUCCCUAUAAAUGAAGAAGACUUAAAGCUAUUGCAUAAAGAAGCUAAAGAAGCAGCAAUGGAGCAUUUCAAUAAAAUUGCUGUAGGAACUGAUAGAGAAGUGUAUUUAAAACAGCUGAAAGAAACCCUUGCACAGAAAUAUGACGGCCUUAAAGCUGAUAAUGAAUUAGAAGCUCAAAGAAAAUGCGAAAAAUUCUUAACAGAUAAUUAUCAAAUUAUUGACCAAAAAUUGAAAAAUGGAGAGCUCAAAAGCUUCUUGGAUUUUGAAGCAAAUUUAAGAAAGCUGCAACAGUAUUUUAUAGAGCGUGGACCUGAUGGGCCUUUUAGAAAUGAAAUUUUAUUAGAAUUUUGUUUAGCAAAAUAUUCAGCUGCCAGCGACUUUUUCUUGAAAAACCUUACAAAUGAGCUUAAUUUGAAGGAUCAGCUUACAAAUGAUCAAAUUUUGAGGCUUGAAACUGAAGUAAGAGAGGCUAAAGAAGAUCUUAUGAGAGAAAAAGAUGAAUGGCAUCGAAAAUUCACUGCUGCAAUCAGUGAAAAGGCUGAACUUGCUGCAAAAGAGCAAAAUCUAAAAGAGCAGCUUCAAAAUUUCAAGCAAGAACGAGAACAAGUUGAAAAAGAGCUUCGUGCUAGCUUGAAAAAUGCUAAAAGUGAGCUUAUCCAACAAGUAGAAGUCGCCAAUAACAAAACUUGGGAAUCCGAAGAAAAAGUGAAAGACGCUGAGCGACUUGUUAACCAUAAAGAGGCUGAAUUCCAAGAAGCCAAAGCUUUGCUUGACCAGAAAAUCAAAUAUUUAGAAUCAAGCUUAGAAGAGUCCAGAAAAAGAGAAAAAGAAUAUAUGAAUGACUUAAAGUCGCAGAAAAAAGACCACACGUCUUCUGUAAAAGAUAUUCAUUCAAGGUUUGAAAAUCAGGUGAAAAAUUAUCAAUCCAGGCUAGAAGCUGAAACUGAAAAAAUUUCAGAAUUAGAAAGAGAGCUUGAAGAAAAAGAAAAUUUAUAUGAAAGAUCAAAAUCUAAUUGGGAAGAAACUGAAAUUAGACUUAAAGCGGCAAAUGAUGAUUAUUUGCAGCAGCUAGAAUCUUUAAAAACUAAGCUUGAUAGAAAAGAAAAUGACACAAAGAAAAAAAUAGCUGAGCUGGUAAAAGAGCAUGAAGCUGCAAUGAAUAAGCUACAGACAAAAUAUGAUGAAGUUGAUCAAAAAUUCAAGCAAACUGAUGAAACUCUUAAAACCCAACAAGUUCAAUGGCAAAAAGAAAACGCUAUUUUGGCCCAAAAAUUAGAAUUUUCUGAGCAGCAUUAUGAAGAAACAAAAUCUCAGCUUGAAGAAGAAAGAAGACAGCACGCAAACAUGCUAAGGUCAAUACAAGCCAGCUCAAGUGAAAAUGCUCGUGAAGAAGUGGAAACUCAGCUACAAAAAUUACGUCAAAAAUAUCUUGAAGACAUGAAAGCACAAGAAAUAGAAAUUGAAAGCACAAAAAGAAAAUUCACAGCCCAAGUUGAAGAUUUAAUGAAAAAAAAUGCAGAGCUGGAGUUCCAGAUCAAAGUUGAUACAAAUGAGUGGAAAAAUAAAGAAAAAAAUAUCCAGGAGGAGCUAAUGACUGUGACUGAUGAUAAAAAUAAAUUACAAGAGCAAUGCAAUGAACUUCAAAAAAGAAUGCAACAGUUCUCAGAAGAAGCUGAAGCAAAAUUAAAGAAAAGAAUAAAAUCAUUAGAGUCACAGCUAGACGAGCUAAGAACCAAAACUAAUGAUGAACUGCAAGCUGCAAAUGCAAGAGCUGAAAGUUCUUAUCAGCAGCUAAAAGAGUUUUAUGAAGAAGAAAAGAAAAGAAUGGAAGGAAAAGUGCAAGAAGAAAAAGAAAGAGCUGAUAAGAAAUAUAACUCUGUAUGUGAAGAGUAUGAAGACAGACUUAGACAAGAAGCUGACGCAUAUGAAGAUGAUUUAGCAGCCAAAGAAGAUGAACUAAGAGACUUAGAAGCUUAUUAUAAUGAUGAAAUAACUCAGCUAAAACACCAAGCAGGACUUGAUACUCAGAAAAUUGAGACUUUAGAGAAAUAUUUGAGAGAUAAUAAAGAACAAAUUGAAGGGAUGCAAAAAUCUCAUAACUUGUCUAUGGAGCAGCUUCAAGAAAGGAUGAACCAAGAAAGAGCAAGCCUGGUUGAAAAAGUCGAAAAAAUGGCCAGUGAGCUUGCAGCGAAAGAAAGAGAACUAAGCACUGCUUCUUAUAAAAAAGAACAGCUAGAGUCACAAUUAGCGAAUAAAGAAGCAGAACUUUCUGAUGUAAAAGAACAAUAUGAGCGUGAAAAACAAACUUUGGCUGAAAAAUUCGAGCUAGCCAAGCAGUCUUAUCAAAAAAUCAAUGAUGAAUACACACAGAAGAAAAGCGAUUUUAAGAGAGAAAUGGCUUUAUCACAGCAGGAAAAUGAAUUUAAAGCAAAACGCAUUAGCGAUUUAGAAAAAUCUUUACAAGAAGCUGAAGAAAAAUACAAUGAAACGUUAAAGAGUCUUAAAGACGAAUCAGGUGAAGAACUUUCCACCACAAUCCAAAAAUUAACUAACUCCCCACUCCGUUAGCGAACAAAAAAAGUUUUAUUGCUCACGGAAUGGGAUUAAUUUUGUUUUUUUCAAAAAUUUAUUUAAAUUUUAUAGAAUUUUUUUUUUUUUCAAAUUUUAAAAAAAUUCCAAUUUGUGAAGCAAAAAUUAAUUUAAUUGCGAAAUUUAUAUUUUAAAACAUAAGCUGUUUAAAUUAGUCUUGAGAUUUCGAUAUAAUAAUUAUCAUUUAUAUAUCAAUUUUUUUUUCAUAAAUAAUUUUUGUUCGCUCACGGAGAGUGGAUUUUUGGUCAAAAAAUAGGGAUUUUUCUAAUGGUUUUGUUCGCUUACGGAGGGGGGCAGUAAGGAAAAAGAAAGCCUUGAAGAAAAAUUAAACCAAAAGAAAAAAUCACUAAAAGAAUUAGCUACAAAUUCAUCAAAAAAUAUCAGCAGUUUAGAAAAAGAAAAAGCAGUCCUCGCAGAAAAGCUUGCUAAUUUAGAAGCCAAAAAGCAAGACAUGGAAAACAGACUAAGAGCUGAUAUAGAGCAUUUACAAGUCCAGCUUAAAGAAAAAAAGGACUCAGAAAGCACUGACAAAAUGUCAGUUCAUUUAGAAAAUGAAAGACUUAAGACAAUGAUGCAAGAAAUGGAAAAAGAUAUAUCAGAAAGAAAUUCAGCAUUCGAAAGAGAACGCAUAUUAUGGGAAAAUAAAUUUAAUUUCCUAACCCAGCAGCGAGACUCCGCAAAAUCAGAUUUAUUAGAAUCCCAACGAAAAUUCGAUAUUACAGUUGAAAACCUUCAAAAGCGCAGCGCAGCAGAAAAAGAAAAACAAGAAUCAGCCACCAAUUUAUUGAUUUCCUCAAUAGAAACACGAUUCAACACCCAAAUUAAAGACAUGCAAGAAGCUCAUGCUGCAUCAUUCACUGAAACUGCAGAAAAAAAUAAAAUUCUCGAAAGAGAUUUAAGAGCUGCUAAAGAAGAGCUUGAGCUUGUAAAAAGAGGAAAAUCCUCCGAAUCAGGGUCACUUGAAAAAAGAAUAAAAGAUUUAUCAGAAAAUGAGCAAAGAUUAUUAGCUGAAAUUGAUGCUCUUAAAAAAGAUAGAGAAAGAAGAAUAGAUGAACUUACAGAGUCAGCAAAUUAUGAAAGAGAACAGCUCAAAACGAAGCUUGCAGACUAUGAAAAGAGAGCGAAAGAAGCUGAGCAUCAAAAAGGACAACUGUUCUUAGAUCUGGAAAAGGAAAGAGCUAAGUGGCAUAUGGAUAAAGACCAUUUAAUGUCUCAAAAAAAUGAAGCAUUGGAUAAUCUAGAAAGGUCAGAAAAAAAGAGAGAACUAUUAGUAAGAGAAAAUGAGAAGUUAAGGGCUGAAAAAGGGAGAAGGAACGCUGGAUUAUUUGCUGGAGCAAAUCCAGGGGAUGAUAAAUUUAGAAGAGGAGUUGGAGGCUUCCUAGGGAAAACUGCAGGAGUAUCUUUUGAAGAAUAUUCUAAAGAGAAAGAAAGCCAAGAUACAAGCGGAAAUUCAAGUCCGAGGAGUUCAAAUCAAGGGACAGCCAGCCCACUUCCUCCACCUAUUAGAGCGAGAAGUCCAAUAUCAUCAAGAAGUCAUAGAUCAAGCUCAGGGUUUGAUUUUAACAGGGUAGAAAAGAAGCCGGAUCCGCAGUAA